AUGGCACACAGUGGCCUCAUGGUACCUCUGAUUGUGAUGAGCAUGUUCUGGAGCAUCUUUGGCCUCCUGAUCCCCUGGUUCAUCCCUAAGGGUCCCAACCAGGAAGUUAUCAUUACCACACUGACAACCUGUUCAGUUUGCUGCUGUCUCUUUUGGCUGAUUGCAAUUCUGGCCCAACUCAACUAUCUCUUUGGACCAGAGUUGAAAAAUGAAACCAGCUGGUAUCUCAAACAUCAUUGGCCCUGA